GACCUGUGAGCCAUGACACCUAGAGGGCCCUCAAUAAGAGGGUGGCACGUCAGGCCAGGCUAGAGCCUGGACCUGGGGUUUAGAAGGGGUUAUGGAGGGGCCAAAAACCCUGGGUCCCUGUGGCCACUCCCACCCCCAAUGCCCCCAACCAUCAGCUUCGAGCAGCCAUGCAGGUUGCCUGGAUCCACCCUGCCAGGGGUUUGUAAGAUGGCCCUGCCUGGUACCUCUCAGCUCCACUCUCUCAAUAGAGCCGGCCAGACCUUUCCCACCUCCGGGGGUAGGAGGCGGGGGGCCCAGGGUAGGGGCUGAGGUACCUGGGAGCUUUAUGGCAAAUGAAGAGGGAGAGAUGCAGCAACAGAGACCGAGAGACCCAACGGGGACAAAACGAGGGCAAGAGGAGGCAAGGCUGGGGUGGGGCUGGCCCCUGCACUCAGGACGAGAGCAAGGGGCCUCCAGGCCAGGGGGAUCCCCCAGCUCAGGGCCCAGACCCGGCCCUUGCCCACCCCUGCCAACAGGGGCAGGAACCCCGGCUUCACCCAAGGCAGCCCCCUCCCAGCUCCAGAACGUGCCCCUGGGUCCUGCAGAGCAGUCCUUCUUCCAGCUGGAGCAGGAAAACCAGAAUCUGAAAAGACAGAACCAGGAUCUGCGAGAGCAGCUGGGGGCCCUCCUGGGGCCAGGGCAGCAGUUUCUGCCCCUAUGCCCGGAGCACUCGAGCUGCACGGCCCUGGCCUGGCAGUCCGUGACCACAGAUGCUGCCCAUGGCCUUGGGGCUGAUCCAAGGGCUCUUCCACAGACCCCUGAGCAGACCAGUGCCCAGCCCCUGGAGGACGGGGCACCCUUGCAGCUGCUGCGGCAGGAGCUGUGCCGGGGGGAAGAGUCCUUCGUGAAGCAGUCUCAGAAUGAACUGCAGCAGAUCCGACUGUCCUUUGAGAGGAAGAAGAUGGCCAUUACCGAGGUAUGGGAUGGCGUGGCCGAGGUACAUAUGGCCCUGAACAACCAGGCCACUGGGCUCCUGAACCUUAAGAAGGACAUCCGGGGAGUACUAGACCAGAUGGAGGACAUUCAGCUGGAGAUUCUAGGUUCCACUACACCAGACCGAGAGGUGCUGCAGGCUGGGGUGGGGGACGUACAUGGCCCUGACUAUACAGCCCCCGUCCCCAGGGAGCGUGCCCAGUGCCGCACGCAGGCCAGGAAGGAGCAGCAGAUGGCAUGCAUAGCGGCUGCUGGCCCUGAGGCUGCUGCUGGGCACCCUGCUGGCCUGUACCGCCGCCUACGUGUACGUGGUGGACCCCGCGCCCUUCGAGGGGCUGGUGCCUCCCCUGCUGAGCCGCGCCGCUGUCUGGAAGCUCCGGGCCCUGCUGGGCCCAUUCCUGCACCUGGAGGUGGACGACUUCCUGCCCUUCUAGGCCGGAGGCCCAGCGGCCCCAGCGAGGAGGAGGCCAGGCGGCCGGCGCUGCCCCGGGUGCCCAGCGGCCGCGCCGGCCCCUGCCCACGGCACUGCCACACGCCAUCCCCACCAGGAGCUGCGGAGAAGGGUGGAGGCGGGGUCUGUCCUGAGGGCUGGGCCUGCGGCUGGACAUACAGUCGUGACACACACGGCAGCGCGGAUGACGCAGACCCAUGGGAGCCUCAUACCUGGCAGCCAAAGACCCAUCGGCCAGCCCCCACCUUCCAGGCUUCCAACUCAGCUUAAGUCAGUGGAAACACCCACGAGGAAUGCCCACACCUUUGGCCAACACCUCUCCCAGAGCCUGACCCACUCUGCCCCCUGCCCCUGGAGCCCCCGCAUUGCAGCAACAGCCCUGGCCUUGCUGAAGGAAAGGAUCAAAAUGACUCUUUUUCUUUUUUUAAUAAAAUUAUAGAUAUAUAGAUGUAGAUAUAAAAACAUAAAACAGACACAACGCAA